AUAAGGAUUGAAAAGAGGAUUUGUGAAGACUACAACAGUGGAACAAGUGGAACACCCUCCCCCCUCCUCUCCUCCGUACUCUGUUGACCGAGGAUUAUAUCUUUGCAAUUGAAACUUAGCAGGACAUUCUCCGCCCCCAAAAUAUACAAUUUCAGAUCACACUGGCAAUCCGACUUUAUGCCUGGACUGGCGACUCUUGCAGGGACUAGAAAAGGGGCAGAGAUAUGGCCAGAGAGUGGAGGUGAAAGCGUGAGAGCAAACCAACUAGUAGGCAGGAUGACAAACCAGUCAACAGCAAACCAGUCCAACACAAACAAGAAGGAGAAAGAAGAAAGCCAGCGAGAUGACAACACAGAAGUUGGGUAUAAAGAUGCAGGCCACUGCAGCCGCAACACCCACAACCUGCUGCUUGGACUCACUGUUAUGGGUGUUGUCAUGGGAGCGGUGUUUGGGAUGCUGCUGCGGUACAUGAUGGUGAAGGAUAACGCCGCUCUCACUAUGGUUUCCUUCCCUGGAGAAAUCCUCAUGAGGAUGCUAAAGAUGCUCAUCCUGCCUCUCAUCAUCUCCAGCCUCAUCACAGGGCUGGCUGGUCUAGACGCUCGCUCCAGUGGCAGGAUGGGAAGUAGGGCCAUGGUAUACUACAUGUCCACCACUGUUAUCGCUGCCAUCCUCGGGGUCAUCCUGGUAUUGGGGAUCCAUCCGGGCAACCCCAAACUGAGGGGAGGUUCGGGCACGAGCUCAGCCCCGAAGAACCAGGAAGUCAGCAGUCUGGACGCCUUCCUCGACCUGCUCAGAAACCUCUUCCCUGAGAACCUGGUGCAGGCCUGCUUCCAACAGGUUCAGACGGUGCUGAAAAAGGUGCCGGUUGCAGCAACAAACCAGACUGAGCCCGUCUUAGUGAACAGGAAGAAACUGGAGUACAAAUGGGGCAUGAAUGUCCUCGGCUUGAUCGGCUUCUUCAUCACCUUUGGGAUAUGCAUGGGCCGGAUGGGCGAGCGAGGGAAGAUCAUGUGCGAGUUCUUCAACAUCCUCAACGAGAUUAUAAUGACGAUGGUGUCCAUGAUCAUGUGGUACUCUCCUGUUGGCAUCGCCUCCCUGAUCGCGGGGAAGAUAGCGGCCAUUGGGGACUUGGAGGUGGUAGCCAGGCAGCUUGGCAUGUACAUGGUGACCGUCAUGGUGGGCCUGGUGAUCCAUGGCGGCUUGAUUCUACCUGCUAUAUUCUUCGCUAUCACCAGAAAAAGCCCUUUCACUUUCUACUCUGGGAUCUUCCAGGCUUGGAUCACAGCUCUGGGCACUGCUAGCAGCGCAGGGACAUUACCCGUCACCUUUCGCUGCCUGGAGGAAAAUCUGAAGAUUGAUAAGCGCGUGACUCGCUUCGUGCUGCCUAUAGGAGCCACCAUAAACAUGGACGGCACUGCACUGUAUGAGGCCGUGGCAGCCAUCUUUAUUGCCCAGAUGAAUGACAUCAGUCUGGACAGCGGACAGAUCAUCACUGUCAGUAUGACGGCCACACUGGCCAGUGUCGGAGCUGCCAGUAUUCCCAGUGCUGGACUGGUAACCAUGCUGCUGAUCCUGACAGCUGUGGGUCUACCAACUCAGGACAUCAGUCUGCUCAUCGCUGUCGACUGGCUGCUUGACAGAAUGCGUACUUCCAUCAAUGUGGUGGGCGACUCUUUCGGCGCCGGGAUAGUGGAUCACUUGUCGAAGGCGGAGCUCGCCGAAAUAGACGCAGCAGAAAUGCAAAUGCUCCCGACGGAGGAGGAGCUCGAUUUCAUCCCCCCGCCCCCGAUCCUAACAGAAAUUGACCUGGUGGACCCCCUCAAACCCCCCGCGCUGCCCCCCCGCUCCCCCCGCCCACCCAAACAAAACCACCACGGUCACGUUCUCUCCCAAUCCCAGUCCAUCACUUACUCACCGUCUCGUUCUGUCCGAUCUCCAUCACCUCGCUCCAUCCGCUCUCCCUCUCCGCGCUCCGUCUGCUCCCACUCCCCUCGGCCUUUCCGUACUCAUUCGCCACGCCUCCUCCGCAGGACGGAGCCGGGCUACUGCGCCCUGCCCAGCCACGAUAACCAGGUUCCCACAAUGCCUCGCUCCUACAGAGAGAGAGACAGGGAAAGGGACAGGGAACGGGAACGGGAGCGUCUGAGGCGAGAGAGUGAAACUGAAGAGGAGGAGGAGAGAGAAAGGGUUCUAGGUGAAGUGAGCGACGGCGAGGAGAGUGAUGACACUGCUUAUGACAGGAGACAUGCAAUGCCGCCGAGCGACCUGCCCUGAUCGGAUUUAGCACCAAAAAGCUUCCCCAUCAGUUAGUUCCAGUUUUACGACAGGUUACGAGAUCCACUGUGGAUUUCCGGCUGGUUUCAUUGCUACUUCUUAGAUGUAUUUUGAGUUUGCUGCUCUUGAUCAACAGAACUGUUGGAUAAGUGAUAAAUAAGCUCACUUUGAGCUUUAUAUGAAAAGAUAUUAAAACAUCAAAAUGUUAAAACUUUAAAACCUGAGACUUUUGUUCUUUGGUUUCUCUCAUAAAGAGAGCUUAAAUGGAGAGCUGCUUCCCUAGUUUACUGUCUCCAUCACUGUCUUCAUUUCAUAAACAAACUAAAAAUGCUCCUGUAAGUCUGAAGUUCCUUAAAUUUGCCUGAUAGGAGAGAAAUUGAGUCUGCUCUCCAUGAGAAAAGCAUCUCAGUGUUACCAGCCUUUUAACGCACAACCAUGAGUUAUUAUUUGAUCCUUUACCUUUGCUCAACUCCCUCCCUCUCUUCUACUUUUAUUUUCUUGGCAGGAAGUUAAAAUGAAUAUACCUAAAGGAAUAGUUUCACAUUUUGAUACAUUUAUUUAUUUGCUUUCUUACUCUCUGCUUUCUUGCAGAGAGUAAGAUGAGAAAAUUAAUAUUACAGUCAUGUCUGAAACGAAAUCCUCUAACCAGCACUUCUAAAGCUCACUAAUUGACUUUGGUAUAUUUAGUUUGUUUAAUCCAUACAAAAGUAUGUUAUAUACCCCAAUAAUCCUUGGUUGGGAGCAGUAAAUUCUUUGAGUCCCAGUUAAAGAAUAGUCCAACACAUAAAAGUCCGUAAAGCCACGUCUUCUUGGUUAGAAAUUUUGUUUUUGGUGUGGAUUUAACAAAGUUAAUACACCAUAUUAACUAGUAGGGAUGGGCAUGAGUUAUCAAGUAGUCACUUUGGACGGCAGUAUUUAUUCUUACAGAGUAAACAUUUCCCAACCUUUCACAUGUGAAAAUGACUUUUAUUUUUUUUUCCUAUUUAAAAUGGGUAAAAUCUGCAUAGCAGAGCUGCGUACAUUGUUUUGAUCUUUACCUCCUUGCCUUGCUGUCACUCUGUUAUGAGACUACUGCUGCAGGAGUGUGAGCUCUGACAGCUGGUGUGAGUCCACCUGCACACACACACAGUGACAGGGCUAACUGUUACCAUCUCAUGGCUAAUGUUACCUAAUGGUUGGUAACAGGUUUAACUACAGGGUUGGGCCGUUUUAGUGACUCACUGAGUUUUUUCGGGCCAUUUAAUGGCUUGGUGUCAGAUAUUGGUCACAGCUGCUGUGGCAGGCAGAUGUUGACUUGACUUGAGGAAAGCGACUCUGAACAAAGUUUGCUGAUUUUCUUGACUUUAAAUUUAUCGUAAAAUUGGCUUAUUGAAGCCUGGUUGUUUGAUAAAUGAUUUUCAGAUCACACUUGUUUUUUGUUGUUGGCAUGUUGAUGUUCCUACUCUUGCGUAAGAAUUUUUUAUUUUUGUUUUGAGAACUCGAGUAGCUACCAUAUAAUAAUUUAAUGCAUGUGCUUGAAUAUGAAAGUUACUUUAAAAUGCCUAUCCCUAUCAACCAGUGAGCUUUAGAGUUGUGCAGAUUUUUUUUUACCUUUAGAUAAAGCCUGGCUAGCUGUUUUUCCCUGUUUUAUGCUUUUAUGAUAAGCUAUGCUAAGCUAAUCGGCUGCUGGCUGUAGCUUCAUAUUUACCGUACAGACAUGAGAGUGGUGUUGUUAUUCUCAUUUAACUCCCAAAAUGUCAAACUCUUCCUUUAAAUAACCUCAAGAAUACCAACAGGAUCACUUAAAUGACAGAAGUGUACAACCAGCAGAAAAUAUUUUUAUAAUUCUCCACCUUCUUUCAUCUCUUUACAUUUUCACCCUCGGUGCUCUUCUUGCACAUCACCUGCCACCUUGAUGUUAAUAUUGUCUAUAUCAUGUAUGGUUUGUAUUUUCUUGUUGUGGUGUCUGAAACAAUGAGUAAUAGGCAAUAUGCUGUUUUAAUUUUGUUGUAUGUUUAAAUUUGACUAGUUUUACUUUCAUGUAUCAUUCUUCAUUGCUGUAAAAUAACACCAUCAGUCUCUUACUCCCCACUGAAAAUGCCUUUCAUUUUAAAUUUAAUUUCAUCACCUGCCUCCCAACACUCUCCCUCCUCAAGUCUUAACUCAGAGUCACAGGUCCAGGUCAUGUGUAUAUUGUAUGUAAUAAAAUCUUAGAAGUUUAUUUAAAA